CGCAGCACAAAAUAAAUAUCCCCCAAAAGUCUCAGGCAUCGAAGUAUUGAUUUCAAUCGCUCAUCAUGAAGCUAUCAAUUCUCUCAAGUUUGGCAUGGUCAGCUUACUUCGUGAGUGCGGGGUAUGCGGACAAGCGAGGGGUAGGUCAGAUUGUCAUCGACAAUUCUGUGCUUCCAAAUGAGCCUCGAUAUCUAAUUGAGUUUGCCGAUGGGCAUGAGCAAUGGGUCACUGAUACUGAGAAAUGGGCGCUCAAGAAGGAUGGCCAAUUCUUCAUGGAUACUACCAAUUUCCCUGACCUAGGAAAGUUCCGCAGCCAAUUAGAGACACCUACCCCCAAAUACACAUAUCCAGUUUCCGUAUCUCAAAAAGGAAAGAUAACACCCCUCCUCAAGGAGCUCAACAAGACGAAUCUUCAAAGCAAUCUUGGACAUCUGACAACUUUCCAUAAUCGCUGGUAUAACUCCACGUUCGGAGAAGCAUCGUACCACUGGCUCUUCAGCAAGAUCCUGACAACUAUCGCAUCAACAGGAGCGCACGAACACGGCAUCACAGCUGAACUAUUCGUACAUCCCUGGUCACGCCAGAACAGCAUCAUCGUUCGGAUUCCGGGUCAAAGUACCUCGACCAUCGUAGUUGGAGCUCACCAGGAUAGUGUGAAUCAUGAAGCUCGAAUGGAUGGCAGAGCUCCAGGCGCUGAUGAUGAUGGGAGUGGGACCGUCACUAUUCUGGAGGUUCUGAGGGUUUUGUUGUCAGACAAGAAGUUGGUGGGAGGUAAAGCGGAGAAUACGUUGGAGUUUCAUUGGUAUGCAGCCGAGGAGGGUGGGAUGCUUGGUAGUCAAGAUUUGUGGGAGAGUUAUAUGAAGGGAGGAAAGACUGUGAAGGGGAUGUUGCAGCAGGAUAUGACGGGCUUUUGGAAUAAGACUAUUGAGAAGGAGAAGGAGUUUGGGCUUAUGAUGGAUGUUGUUGAUAAGCCUUUGAUGGAGUAUCUGAAGCUCAUUAUUGAAGAGUAUACCGAGCUGCCAUGGGUCGAGACAGGGUGCGGGCCUUAUUGCGGCUCCGAUCACAUGUCGGCCAUCAAAGCGGGCUACCCAGGCGCUUUCAUCAUCGAAGGUGCAUUCGAGUAUACCGAUAACCACCUCCAUGGCGUCGACGACUUAGCUGAGUAUUUGGACUAUGACCACAUGAUUGACCAUGCUCAGAUGACAUUGGGUUUCUUGUAUGAAUUGGCUUUUGCGAAGUUCUAAAUGCCACUUGGAAUUGUGGAAGGAGGACGUCACGUUCUGGAAGAAGUGAGCGAGCUCAAGAGAAGAUUGGCAGAUGAAAAAUAGUAGAGAGGCGCUUUCUUAUAUAUACACAGCUUUCAGUUCGGUGUCUCUGCUUUCCACAGCAACCUAAUACAAAAGUUGAUCAAGGGAAUGAAACAAGGAUUGAGAAAGGCAAAGGUGUGAUUGGGCUUGCACAAACCCC